AUGCCAGCCGCCUUUUCAGAUGUGCCCGAGCUUGGAGCAGGAAAUCUGGACCGAGCCCUGUCAAAACCUGCUCUCGCCAAAGACAGUCAGUGCCAGUGCCGAUCACUCCCAGCCGCCUCUGUCGCCAUCCGAGAAAUUUCUUGCAGUGAUUUGGUGAAGGAGCAGAAGGAGGAUGAAAGUCUGAAGGAGCUGUGUGAAAUGGUUUGUCCUGCGGCUGAGGCCGUGAGGAAGCCUGGAGCUUCGUCCCCGCCGUGCUAUGCUACGCCGGGACGGCACGGUGGGAUUCCCGUGUCCCGGGGCCAACGAAUGGUGCGAGGACCCAUUAUGGGCCCUUUCCUGAAGGGGGGGGGGUGUUACGGGCUAGGCCUUAUGGGGGGCCUGGGCCUUUUCCUGUGUCUCCGUCCUGCCGCUCCUGUCUCCUGUGUGCACAGGGGGGACCAGUUGGCGCUGAAGCAGUGGGCGUGUUCGCACACGCAAUCAGCGCACGCGCAUAUAGCCUGGUGGAUAGGUGCACGCGCUCUCUCUGCGCGCUCCUGA